AUGGUUGAUUCUGCUCCAGCAGCAAAUUCAGCUAUUCAAGCUUCAUUAGAUUCAAAUGAAAUCCCAGAACAAAUCAUAGAUAAAGGGGAUAGUGUAACUAAUAAUUUGAUUGAGGAUGGUAAUUUGCUUCACAAGUCAAAGAAACAAAAAAGGUCUCUAGUAUGGUCAGACAUGAUUGAGGUUGAGGAUCCAAAAGGUGAUAAGUACAAGUGUAAACAUUGUAAUCUAUUCCUUGCAAAAAUGAAGUCAGCUCAGGAUGGCCUCAAUGAAAUUAAGGAUAUUGUUCAUGUAAUUCGUCAGAGUGUAGAUUUCAUUAGAAGAACAGAUGCUAGACUCAUUCAAUUUGCUGAAAUUGUGAAACAAUUGAAGUUACAAGAAAGAAAAUUGGUUGAUGAUUGUAAGACAAGAUGGAAUUCAACUUAUGAGAUGUUGAGAACAGCAAUUGCUUUUAAAGAAGUUUUUUCAAGAUUUAAAGAUCGAGAACCUAGCUAUAUUCAUUGUCCAACAGAAGAUGAUUGGGAGAAAUUGCAUAAAGUAUUUUCAAUUUUGAAAGUAUUCUAUGAAGCAACCAAAAUUAUUUCUGGAAGUGAAUAUCCUACUGCCAAUCUUUUUCUAAAUGAAGUCUAUCGAGUAAAAGUAAUCUUGGAUGAGAAAUCUUGUGAUGAAGAAGAGUUUAUUAGAAAAAUGGUGCAAAAAAUGAAGGAAAAGUUUGAUAAAUAUUGGGGUGAAUGCAAUUUAUUAAUGGUUGUUGGUUCAGUUUUGGAUCCAAGAUGCAAAAUGCGAGUACUUGAAUUCACUUUUCCUAAACUUUAUAACUCAUUUGAAGCAGAAAGUAAUAUUAAAGAGGUCCAAAGGCUUUUGUAUGCAAUUUAUAAGGAAUAUUCAGAUACUGCUAUUGAAAAGCUUCAAGGAUCAAAAAGCAACUCUGAAUCUCAAGAUAGCAACACUGUAAUUCAAAGUAAUAGAGAACAUACUACGUUUUCUUCUGGAUGGACUGAAUUCUCUUCUUAUUUAAAAGAAAUUGAAAUGGUACAACCUGAAAAAUCUGAGUUGGAUGUGUAUCUAGAGGAAGGGUGUCAUAGGCAUAAUCCAAAUGAUGCAUUCGAUGCUCUUGGUUGGUGGAAGCUCAAUACAUACAAAUUUCCAGUGUUGUCAACUUUGGCUAGAGAUAUAUUAGCAAUACCCAUUUCUACAGUAGCUUCAGAGGCAACUUUUAGUGCUGGAGGUCGUGUUAUUGACAAGUAUCGUGCUUCUUUAGCUCCUACAACAGUAGAAAUGUUGAUGUGCGGUGGAGAUUGGUGUCGAAAGCGACAUGGAGUGACUAAAAAGUCUAAGGUGAACUUUGGAUGCAGUAAGAGGAAUGGAGAGCUUCUGGAAUGA